UAUACGUCAGUCAAGGUCGUUAUUGCAAUUACUCCAAUAUUUAUUUGUAUUUUAUUGUUAUUAAAAUAAAAUUAUAAGAAGAGAUCAAGUAAUAAAAAUCUUUAAGAAAUGUAUACAGAAGUGGACGUUUUCGUUAGUAAUUAUACUUUAAUUGAUCCUGAAAUAUACCAAUUAUGGAUUGAAGGAUGCUCUUCUAGUGAGGCGGUAUCUACAUUGCAUCAGCGAGCCAUCGCCAAGCAGACCGGCGCAUCUGUUGAACUGAUUGCUAGCGAUGUUCUUGAUCAUUACAGAACAUUUGCUCUCCUGGAGAGGCUCCUUACAGUGCCAUCAAAGCUAUCGGAACAGAUGAUCUUCCAAAUUGAUGAAGCUACCAAACAUAUGCUGAUUGAGAAAUAUUACGAGUUAGAUGACGCAGUCAUUAGGGAGUUACUGGGCCGGAAGCUGUCGUCCAGGCACAGGAAAGACUUGGAUGAGGUGUCUGAGCGGUCUGGGGCGCCGCUGCGCUGCUGCCGGCGGCAGUUCGACAACGUGCGCCGCGUGUUCAAGGCGGUCGAGGAGAUGCCCGGCAACGUGGUCGCCAACAUACGCACCACCUUCCUGCUCUCCGAGCCGCUGGCCAAAAAAUAUGGCGCGGUGGUGUUUAUAGCGUGCAUGCGCUUCGAGACGACUAAGCGGAAACUGCAGUAUUUGUCCUUCAACGACUUCUACCAUUGUGCUCAGGCGAUAAUGGUGAGCUGGACGUACAGCUGCACGGGCCCCGAGUACUACGACACGGAGAUGGACCGCGAGUUCCUGCUGGAGCUGCGCGAGCUCAGGAUCCUGCUCGACAAGGAGAAGGAGCACAAACAUUUAAUCUGCAUGAGACUAAAGCCGAAAUUAUUGGAGAAGUCGUAUCAAGAGUUGGAAUUGAACUUUAGGCUGUACACUCGAGCGCUGGUGGGGCUCGCUUGCAACCUGCACAGGGGACGCGAGCUGAGGUCACUCUUCAUUGAUUUGCUGGAAAGAUGCAUCGAACCCCUCAGAUUGGGCGGCUGGCCCAAAACUGAUUUGGCUCAGUUUUUGUGCGCGUACGAGCAGUGCGCGUUGCAAAUGGAUGUGUUGAGAGAGGCGGACCUGAAGAGUGUUUGGGAGCGGUAUAUGAGGGUCAUAGCUCAGUGUUUAAUAACUAUGUACCACGUGUGAACAUGAUUGUUUUUAUUUGUAAAUAUUUCGAAAAUUAGUUUAUUUGGUCCCUUUAGAGAAUUUACAUCGAGUCAGAAUACAAACGUCAGCUUAGGCGGCGUAAUCUGACGAUUACUGUUUUUGAAGUCGGUGAAUUAACUUCAAAAGUGUUCAGUGAGAAUUUUUGAGUGAAUAAUAAUGAGACAGCUGCUUAGUAGCGGAUCAGCACUGAUCUGUUUUAACCCUUAAAAGCCUGAUUUUUUUUUUAUCAAAUUAAAAAAUAUAUAAGUGUACCCUUUACUGUGUUUGCUUAUGGGGAAAAAUAGUAAAAAAAACUCAAAACGAUAUUUUUGUAUAUUUACUAGCUGACCCCGUAAACGUUGUUUUACCACUUAUUGCAAAAUAUAAAAAUCGCGAUUAAAAGACAGGGGUUGAUCGUAAAACGAUGAAAAUUUAAAGUUGUAUGUAUUUUUCAAUGCUAAAUUAUAAUAAAAUAAAAAUGGAAAAAUUUGUUAAAAAAAUAAAAAAAAUUAAAAAAAAAUUUGGGGUGGGUCACCCUUAUCAUUGAGGGGUAUGAAAAAUAGAUGUUGGCCGAUUCUCAGACCUACCCGAUAUGCACACAAAAUUUCAUAAAAAUCGGUAAAGCCGUUUCGGAGGAGUUUGGUAACAAACACUGUGACACGAGAAUUUUAUAUAUUAGAUUUUGAAAAAAACAUUUGGUGGUAACAUGUAAACAGUCAAAUAUUAAAAAAAAAUCGAUUGUAGGCGCCCAAUGCGAUUUAUAACCACGGUAUCAAAUUUGAAACUUCAGGUAUUUAAGGGUUAAGUUUGGAGGUAUUGAAUGACUCAUUGCAAUAGUGGGUAUUUGCAUUGCUCCGGUAGACAAGUGACAAACGAGUCCAUCUAUAGAAUUGUUAUCGCUGGCAUUCCCAUGAGACAGAACGAGAUGGCGAUAUCUGGUGACUUGUUCUUUUUCAUGCGAGCGCAGUAUAGUAUAGUGCCCGUAACACCGUCCUUGUCAAGGCGACGCUGUUCACUUACCAUCAGGUGGGCAGCUACCUCGUUGAGUAGUAUGCAGUAUUUGUAGUGUUUAUAAAAAAAUGCUUUAAUUUGUUUUGUAUUAUUAUUAUUAUUAUAAAGAUAUCGUGAACAUAUUAUUGAUUUUUUAUUUUUUCAAAUUAUGUUUCUAUGUGAGUGACUUGUCGAAUAAAAUUAUGUUUAAUCAUCUAAUAUUUUUAUGGUAUCUGAAAUAUGUUAAACAUAUAUUCGAAAAUAUUUCAAAAUACGCAACCGAGAAUUCUAAUAUGUUCAUAAUAUCAUGUACAGUGCUCGCCACGGAUCUUUAUGUUUGUGAAGUUAGCUGCGGAAUGAGUAUGCGCAUUCGUACAGACGCGAACAAAAAUGCCAUUGAUUUUUUAUUUAUUGAAUUAUGUAUCUACUGUGAAAUUUUUGUAAGAAAUUAAAGAAGUAUUUUUUUUUUAUUAUGAUGUAACACGAGAAUAAUAACAUAUGAACUAACCUAAUAUUACAAAAGUUAACACAAAAGUUCAAGAAGAAAUAUUAAUCUACAAAAAAAGACACUUAUAAUGAUAAACCACUAAAUAACUUCUGGACGCGACUGUAUUUUUAAUAGAAUGACAAGAUUUUGUAUCGUUAUUGAUUUGUUGCUAACUUCACAAAAACAAUAUCUCGUGGCGGGCACUGUAUUCGUUUUUUUUAAAUAGCUAUUGUGUGAAAAUAUGAGGACAGGUUUUCUAUCAUCUAAUAUUGUCACCCAUCACCCUGUUCAUAUGGUGGGGCUAUCCAUAAAUUACGUCAAAUGUUUUAAGGGUUCAACCAUAGAUUUAGUAGGUACCUGCGAUGUCAAAUAACAUCGUUUUACUGCCAACUGAAGGACUUAUGAAAGACAAUUACCAAUUUUAUCAGUUCAUGGACAUAAAAAAAAUAUAUGAAACACAUAACGUAAUUUAUGAAUUGUCCCUAUUUAUUUCUUUUGUAAAAAAUGUUUUUCCUAAAUAAAUUGUCUGUACUAAA